AUGGAUUGUGUUGAUAUCAUGAAAGAGUUGAUCCAACGCCUGGAAGAUUUGAAACUGUUAACAACGGAUGAUCAACUGCACAAGGCUGGACAAAUAUGGGACAGACUGCUUGACUUGCUACUGGAGUUGAAACAACAUAACUGCAUGCAUCGUUUACAGAGUAUUGAACUGCAAGAUAUCAUAACCAAGUAUUUGGAGUAUAAUCGACCCAGUUUACAGAUCAAAGUAAUGGAGUUUACUGCAGUAUUUUUGAGUAUUGUAUACUAUUAUGAUCAGUUUAAAGUAUCUCAACGACUAAGCAACCAAAUUGCGAUGAAAUCAUGUACAGAGUUGUACACAUAUAAACGCUGGAGUCAAGAGGAUCAAUUUGACAUCAAGCCAAUGGUUGAGAUUAUUGUUCACGAGCCUGAUCAACAAGUGCUCGAAUUGGCGAUUGACCUGUUCUUGGAAGUUUGCAGUGAGGUUGACGAUGAAAAUUUUGGCAUCGUGGUAUCAAGACUUAUUUCACGACUGGAAUCAUCUAGUGGUUCAGUUGCUGUUGGGUUUAUCAAAAAUCUUGAAACCAUGUUUUGGAAUAUUCAUCGUCAUGACCCAGUAAAAGCAGUGGAAUGCGGUGUCAUUCCAGCAAUAGUCAAUACGCUCAGGAGUGUCGAUCAAGAAGUGAUUGGUCAAAGUAUUGAUACUAUUGAGAACUUUUGCGACUAUGCAGAUUGUGAAGCAAUUGCAACCGAGUUGAUAAGGUCGGGUCUGAUUCAAAUGUUUAGUGACUUGUGUGUCAGAUACAGCAACGACUUUGCAUUAAAAAUGCGCAUGAUCUGGAUAGCAGGAAGGUUUGCAUCCAAAAUGCACGACUUUCCUGUAUCGCUUGUACGAUCGUUAGUUUUUGAGCAAUUGACGAUGUCAGUGUAUGAUGUCAAUAUGGGUGACUCUUUGCGUCUGUUUGAUUAUGUCAGCGACAUGAUUCAGAAAUCUACAAACAAGGACGAGAUGAUCAAGGUGUUUCGAGAAUAUGGAAUUGAUAUUUACACAACCACAAUUGUAACCACAACUGCAAUCAGCACAGUCUGA